GGGGCUCAGGCAGGGGUCUAAAGGCUGCGGUCACCUCACUCUCUCCCUCAAGGCGCAAGAUGAGGCGGAGCCUGAAAAGCCGGCCCCGCCCAAUCAGCGCCAGCUCGCGCCGCCUCCCAGCCAAUCGACGUCGAGGAGAAGUCGUGAGAAGAAAGCAGCGCCGGUUUCUCUCAGUCCGUCCAUCUGAGCAGGUCCGCGAUGGCGAAGCGGUGCGAACGGCUGGGAACGUCGGCCGCGGCGCGGUCGGCGCUACGGGACGCGGAGGCGGUGCUGUUCGACUGCGACGGGGUGCUGUGGCGGGGCGAGGCGGCGAUUCCCGGGGCGGCGGAGGCGCUGGGCCGCCUGGCGGGCGCCGGGAAGCAGCUGUGCUACGUGACCAAUAACUCUUCGCGCACGCGCCAGGCCUACGUGGAGAAGUUACAGCGCCUGGGCUUCCCGCCGGCCGAGACGCGGCAGGUCUUCGGCUCCGCCUACUGCGCCGCGCGCUACUUGAGCCACGCCCUUCCUGCGGGAGGCGCCGCCUACGUGCUGGGCGGGGCCGCCCUCAGCGCCGAGCUGGAGGCGGUGGGCGUGGCGCACCUGGGCACGGGCCCCGCCCCCGAGCCGGGGUCCGCCAACUUUGGCUCCCGCGCCCCGCUCGAUCCUUCUGUGCGGGCGGUGCUGGUGGGCUACGACGAGCACUUCAGCUACGGCAAGCUCUGCCUGGCCCUGCGCUACCUGAUGCGCGACGGGUGUCUCCUGGUGGGCACCAACCGGGACAACCGUCUGCCGCUCGAGGGAGGGAGCGCCGUCCCCGGUGCGUACACGCGUGUUAUUGUGUAUGUGUGCGCGCUUAAGUGCGUCAGACCGCAUUUGAGCUUCAGCUGAGCGCGACCGUCCGGAAGGGCACAGGUGGUUGAGCGAGCAUAGGACGUGACGGAGGACACGUUCACACGCUCACAUUGAAAGCGCUACAAUAUCACUUGAACAGCCAUAGUUUUCCCUAAAGAAAGCUGGGAGUUGUGGUUUAAAGGUGCCGAGAGUUGUCAGUAGACCUCUAGUUGCCUCAGUUCACAGUGUAGUGUGACAAUCAGUCCCUCUUCCCAGGGAGCUCUGGGAAUUGUAGCUAUGUGAAGCGAAUGGUGGUCUAGCAAUGCUCAGCAUCCUUAACAAUUUAUGGCUACCGUAAGUCUUUGGGCAAAGCCACAACUAGUUUAAAGUGGUGUACUGCUUUAAAUGUAUGGUGUGAAUGGCCUGUGUCUGGCUACAUCUGAGUGCAUGCAGUCUCCCUUGCUUUCCCCUGCAGGAAUGCUGCUUUUUAAUGUUUUAAUGUUUUGUUAUCCUUCUAGCUUACCGUGUAUUGGAAGCAAUUUUUGAAAUCCAGCCCAAUUUUUAUCAUCACUACCCUGUUGAGAUAGAUUACGCAGUCCAAAAUCACUCAGUGAGCUUCAUAGAGAGCUUCAUCUCAGGUCAAGACUAACCCUCAUCCCAAGCUUCCUUUAGCCCAUUUGUUCAACUCCUGUCAGCCCUCAUUAGUAUGGCUAAGUGUGAAGAAUGAUGGGAGCUGUAAUAGGAACAGCGAGUGCUCCCUUAUACUUAAAUCAUUAGCCUCUCUAGUUCAGGACCUGCUACAUUGACUGGUAACUGCUUUCCAUGAUCAGUACUUUUACGGUAUGUGGACUGCACGCUGCAACAACCUUUAUUGGUAGUGGGUGAACACACAUGAAAGAGAGGGAGGAGGCCUAAAAUGAAGACAAAGUUCUGAUUGGGUGCAGACAGGUGGAGGCCUUUCUGAUGAGGAGGACCCUGCUAGGACCACCACACUAGCUGCUUCCUGAUAUGUGGGCAGAUGUUUUCAUUAAAAAAAGUUUAAUGUCUUUUAUCUGGGUGAAUAGUUGCUUCAGGGGGAAAAAGUGCCCUCUGCUCUAGAACCUCAGCCCCUUAAAGGUAGCCUCACAGUUGUUUUGCUCUCAAUUUGGUCUCUUCCCAACUAUUUUCAGCAUUUGUCACACACCAUGGUAUGACAAUCCUAUGUCAGUCUUUAGCUGUAGGGGUUGUCCAGUGGGAUGUACUGACUAGUGGCUGUUGUGGAGUACCAGCAGCUACUUUAAAAUGGUGCAGAGAUUAGGAUAGAUGUGUGGGCUGGGGGUGGGUGGGAUCAUUUGUGAGGCUUGGCAGAUUUGACCUGAAAGAUUGCCUUUAACAUUUCUGAGGAACAGGACUUUACAUUGUUCAGCCAAUGUGGGAGUGAUACUGUUUUCUGUAUGAUUCCCUGCUUGGGUAUUGCUCCGCACAUGAUUUGUGUUUGCCUUCUUUAGUAGUACAACAUAGCUGAGUUCUCACAGCUGGCUUCCCCCACUGACAGGCUUUAUAGACUACUGAGAUGAGUUUGGGGUUUGCACUUGUUCCUCAGUGCUGUAUCUGGCUCACAAUUGCUUUGCUUCUCUUUUUAGGAACUGGCUGCCUUGUCAAAGCAGUGGAGACAGCAGCAGAGCGUGAAGCAUUCAUCAUCGGCAAGCCCAGCCGCUACAUCUUUGAGUGUGUGGGCAAGGAGUUCAACAUCGAUCCUGCUCGCACCAUCAUGGUCGGCGACCGCUUGGACACAGACAUCCUCAUGGGCAACAACUGCGGCUUGACAACUCUUCUGACCCUCACAGGGGUCUCCACCCUAGAAGAAGUAAAAGGUCACUUAGAGAGUGACUGUCCUGAGCGGAGAAAGCUAGUCCCCGAUUACUAUGUUGAUAGCAUAGCCGACCUUCUCCCCACCCUCCAGGAUUAAAAAAGGGAAGUUUUCCAGCUUUUAAAAUGUAUCUUCUCCCCACCCCCUGCACCCUCAGUGGCUCGAGGCUGGUAGUAUCACCUCAGUUACUGCAAUGCACAUGAUUGCUGCUUGCAACUUCAGAGACUUUUAGUGUGUAACUUAGAAUUCAAGGUCUCUGUUUACAAAUUCCUUUAAAAUGCACUUUGGAACAAAGAGGGAAGUGUGUUGUGUUGGUUAGCUUUCAGAUGUUGUGAAGCAUUAGGUAUGUCUUAAACAACCGCAGUGUUAAUGGCAUCAGGGUAGAGUCUUGCUCAGCUGGGUUAAAGGGAUUGGGCAGGCUUCUCUUAAAACUUUUCACUGUGGUUCUUUGUGGAAAUUAUAUCCUCAUCUGUGGGAAAUUCAGGGAAAUGAGCAGUAGGAGGGCAAUUGCUCUUUUCUGACCUGUAGAACUUGACUUUAAGCUUGGCUUUGAUGCUUACUCAGGUCCCGGUUUUAGGCAGCCUGCUUCAGAUGUGAUUUCAGGAAAUAGAAAAUCACUUGUGUGUUCAAUAAUUUUGUUGUUGCGCCUUUCCACACAGCCAUUUGCACUUGCUUCAAUAUGCAAAACACGAAAGAUGCUGUCGUGUUUCAUGUAUUCCUCUAAGAAAGUAGGGGGUGUGUGUGUAUGUGUGUAGAAAUAUAAAUAUAUAUAUAGCGAUGUGAAGAACAGAUAUCUAUUUUAAAAGUGAAUUAUAAUAUAUCAAAAAUAGAAUUUAUUGUUCAGGAGAAAUAUCAAUAGAUUUCCAAAAGAUCUUGCUUGUGUUCUUCAGUACAUACCACAGCAAUACCUGCGCAGUCUGCAAGGUGAAGUACCAUUUUAAGUAAGGAUCAUUUGAGGAUUCCCAAAUUGUGCUAAUGGUUGAAUUACACAUGCAAAGUUACAAAAAUGCCACAGUCACAUGAAGGUCUUCCUACAAGUUGUAGUAGUUAAUGAUCCCAAGCAUAAAUUGUACCAUCUGUGGGAUCCUCUGGCAUAAAUAUUUUGCGUUCAAGCCAUUUUGAAGUCAGUGCUGAUCAAGCAACUACAGUAACUUGUCCUGUGCUUCCUAUUAAGAUCUUAAUAGUGGGUUGUUCAGAGGACACUGGAAGUCCUUUGCAGAUCCACCUUGGCACCAAUUGUCUGCUGAAAAUGGGAGUUCAAGCCAUUUUGUUUUGCUGUUUUGUAGGAAACAUGAUUAAAUGCACUCUUGAAGUGUCUGGGUAGUUUUGUCCUUUUGACACUAAAUGCCAAAUUGUGUAAUAACAGCUGAAGAAAUCUGAUAUGGAGAUGUAAGGAUGAAAGCAGCACUCACUUUGGGUAAAGAACAGAUGAUGCUUGUUUGCUUUCAUUUUCCAAAUUGUGUGCACAUCCAUUGUGUGUAGAUUAUGCUUCCUGUAUCACAGACACUUGAAACUUGCAUGAACUUGCCACUUUUUGAUGCAGCAAUAAUUGUGUUGUCCAGCGUGAAAUAUAUUUUGUAUUUAUAAAUAUUAUAGGAUUGGCAUUGACACUUACUUAGAAGUGCUAAAGAUACACAAUAACAACCCCCCACACCCAGCAAGGUACCCUUUAUAAUCUGUUUCUCAAUAGAAUUUUUUUUCUUCUUCAGCUUGCUGAACUGAUUUGUAAGCCUAAAGGUUUUCUCCAUCUUCGAUGAUAAUGCAAACGGUUUCUUUCUUUCUGUUUGGACUGACUUGAAAAUAACAUGAUGUCCUUUUGCUAGGACUUGUGCUUAUGCAAAUCUGGGGAGAUUGAGGAAUUGUUCCAUAUAUGAUAAAUGUUGUUUAGAAACCUGUCAACAACUGCUCAUACUUACUAGCCAUGCAAUAGAGCCUUUCACCUCUUUUCACUGUUUCUUCCCUUGUUGUGAAACUGUGCUGGUGAAAGACCAAGCAGUCUGUGUAAAAGCAUCUGGGGAAAUUCAGUCCUGUUCUUGAGUCAUAUUAAACAAGAAGUCUCUCUUUU